CCCAGGAGGAACCAUGAUGGUUCUCCUCCCUGACGCGUUGAUGAUGAGAGGUGGAGCAAAAGUUCUAGGCCUCCGGUUCUGGUUCUGAUCGAACCCUCUGCUGCCGCUUUAACGUGAGCAGGCUCGACGUCAGCUCCGUGGGAAGACAUGUGGCUCCAGCAUCCAAUGGGCUGACCGGGACUUUACUCAGCCUCUCCCACACAGGAGAUCCCCGAGGAGAAGAGCAGCGUUGACCGCGUUAGCCACGACUCACAAACAGCCUGCCGCCAGAUCCGGUUCCGAGCCAGAUUUCUGUUUCCUCGAAGCCGCAGCGCAGCACCCGAUCAGAUCCCCGGUCAGAACCACCGUGUAGCAGUCAUGUCUGUGGCGGGACUAAAGAAGCAAUUCCACAAAGCCACUCAGAGAGUGAGUGAGAAGGUCGGAGGAGCAGAAGGAACGAAGCUCGAUGUGGACUUUACUGAAAUGGAAAAGAGGGUGGACACCACCGCUCGAGCUGUGCUGGACAUCAUGACAAAAACCACUGAGUAUCUGCAGCCAAACCCGGCCACCAGAGCCAAGAUGAGCAUGAUGAACUCCAUGUCCCGCAUGCGAGGGCAGGAGAAGGGGCCGGGCUACACUCAGACCGAGGCCAUCCUGGGAGAGUCCAUGCAGAGGUUUGGCAGGGAGCUCGGAGAGGACUCCAACUUUGGCCUGGCUCUGAUCGACGUCGGAGAGGCCAUGCGUGAGCUGGGUGAGGUCAAGGACGCUCUGGACAUGGAGGUGAAGCAGAACUUCAUCGAUCCGAUGCAGAACCUUCACGAAAAAGACCUCAAGGAGAUUCAGCAUCACCUGAAGAAGCUGGAGGGUCGGCGUCUGGACUUUGACUAUAAGAAGAAACGUCAGGCCAAAGUGACGGAGGACGAGCUCAAGCAGGCGCUGGAGAAAUUCGAUGACUCCAGGGAGAUUGCUGAGCAGAGCAUGUUCAACUUGUUGGAGAGUGAUAUCGAACAGGUGAGCCAGCUGGCGGCGUUGGUCCACGCUCAGGUGCAGUACCACACCCGGUCCGCUGAGAUCCUCACACAGCUCUCCAGCAAGAUCGACGAACGGAUAAGAGACACCUCCAACAAACCGAGGAAAGAGUUCGCACCGAAGCCUCGUACGUCUCUGGACUUCAGCAUCAUUGAGAACCACAACGGAGGCAUCCACGGCGCUCGCUCUCCAGGUGCCAGGUCUCCAGCAAGAUCUCCAGCCAGGUCUCCAGCCCCCUUGGACCAGCCCUGCUGUCGCGCUCUGUAUGACUUCGACCCCGAGAACGAGGGGGAGCUAGGCUUCAAGGAGGGAGACAUCAUCACCCUGACCAAUAAGAUCGACGACAAUUGGUACGAGGGGAUGCUGCACGGCAACUCGGGCUUUUUCCCCAUCAACUACGUGGAUAUCCUGGUGCCGUUGCCCCAGUAAGACGUGGAGACCGCCACCUGUGUCUGCUUAUGAACCCUGGCCUCCACUUCCAGUAUUUCCACUAACCCUUUCCCCAAACAUUCCUACUAACACAACCUUCACUUUUCUGUUAAGGCGUCAAAAAAAAAAA